UAGAUUUUAGUUUUUUAAGGACUCUUAUUAAAUGCUACAUUGGUUUGAUAAACCCCAUUUGACAAAUAUGACUGCAAUUUUAAAAAUCAUAUUUGUUCUUCUCUCAAUAAACGGCUCUGUAGCAGGACUUUAUGAGCUUUUUACACCGGAGUCACGAUUAUCUGGAUUUAUCAUGGAAAAGAUUUCUCCGAUUGGAAUGGUCAUGUGUGUUAGAGAAUGUUCGAAAAGACGUUUGUGUGCUUCGCUAAAUUUCAACCGAAAACGAUUAGAAUGUGAGUUGUCACAUAGUGACGUCUCAACAAACCCGUCUAGCAUGGCGUCUGAUCCUGACUUUAUCUACAUUGGAAGGAAUGAAAUUCCACAGGAGUAUUUUGACUCAAAAACUGCGUCCUGUCCAGCUAGAAGUAGUUCUGUCAGCACAGCAACUGGACCUAAAUGCAUCAAAUCAGAUUGUCCUAUUGAUCACCCUGACACCUAUUCCACUGGGGUCAAGGUCACAUCCACCAAGGUCGGAACUGUCCUAAAUUACACGUGCAACUCGGAUACUUCAGUUGUCUUGACCUCUAAAUGCAGAGGGAAUGGAACUUGGACAUCUUCUGCUUCUUUAUGCCUAGAUAUACCUGAUUGCUUCAAAACACCGGCUUCAUGUUGGGUCCAGUAUAACUUCACAUACGACAACACGUGGGACGGAUGUACCGGGGGAACCCGUUAUGUCCGGAGAACUCAGUAUCCUUCCACCCCGUAUGUGGGCGUGGUCCUGUGUAGUCCUACCAGGUACAAGAUAUUUUUGGGAUCCGCUUUUACGGAUAAGUUUCUUAGCGUUGGUGAUGGUAAUGGUUCAGGGGCGGAUCACUGUGAACUUGUGGGCGGAUACCAAACAGAGGCUAUAAUGGCAAAUGAUUAUUCAACAGCUCCAAUUGUUACGGGAUAUAAGCGUUCUACCUGGGGUGAACCUUUCACGGUUGGAACCAUUGGUAAAUCGACAUCUUAUAAGUGCAAUUCAUGGUACGAAUGUGGAAUUACUAUUCCAACACAGCCAGAACCUCCCUGUUUCAACACUUCGACAUCUUGUUGGUAUAAGUAUAGCUUUGUUCAUGAUACUGCGUGGAACGGAUGUACAGGCGGGAAGAGAUACGUCAUGAAGACCAAAUUUACUUCCGCUCCUAUUGUCGCAGUAGAACUUUGUAGUCCAACAAGGUACCAGAUUUUUCUUGGAGGAAAUUUAACAGAUAAAUUUCUUAACAUUGGUGAUGGUGAGGGCACGGCGGGGGCUGACCACUGUGAAUUGGUUGGGGGACAAGAGAUUGAUGCAGUUCUCCCUGGGACAUACAGCGGCGCACCUGCAUUGACAGGCUAUGCAAGACUAUCUGUGGGCAAUGAAUUCAGCAUACAAACUAUUGGAGGGAACACUGGUUGGUGCAGUGAACCAUGGUACGAGUGUGGGGUGCAGAUACCUUGGCCUCACGAACCAGCUUGUAUGAGCGCCACGCCCCCUUGUUGGUACUCCCUCAACGUAUCAUUGGACAACACUCCUAGUCCUUGUACAGGCGGACAGAUACUUGUCAAGAGAACGAACUACACAACGGCUCCCUAUCUCGCCGUGCAGCUGUGCAAUAGUACCAGAUACAAGUUAUUCCUCGGUUCGAGCUUAGGUGCUACAUUCAAAAGCAUUAGAGACGCUGAUGGGCUGGGCGAAGAUCAUUGUGAACUCGUUGGCGGAUCUGAAGCUAAUGCAGUCGCAGAAGAAUACAAUAUGUCUCCGAAUGUUAAAGGCUAUUACAGGUUGUCUGCGGGCGAGAGUUUUGAGUAUAGAUCGAUAGUUCAUUAUACCUAUUCUUUAGAGUGUGGAGUAACUAUUCCCGGGACAUACACUGUGGUAUAGAUUUCAUGUUUAGAUCAAUGACACGUUAAUCUCUAUGAUAACAAAGAAUUAAUAUGUUGGAUGUGCAAUGUACGGAUCUGUUUUACUUUUUCUUGUGUAAAUCGGGUAAACUUCUCAACCAGGGCAGUGCUAUACUCAGCACUUAAUUCAAUUACCGAACGCUUAGUUUUAAAUGAGUUACAAUCAAACAGUUGAUAGACAUAAGCUAAUUAUGUUCACAUUCUGAUUUUUAUUCUGUAAUCGCCUUAUCAGCAAUAUACACUUCAUAUGCAAUUGACAAUUAAGAUUUUGCAAUUCGUGUUUUUGUCAAUUUGGAUCGUUUUUUUUAGUUUUGUUAAAUAUUCAAAUUAUAACCUUAAAAAUGAAAUUAUUCUUUACAUAAUAAUAUAGUUUAUUGCCAAACAUCAUAUUUAGAAUUUGAAGGUAGAUCAGAUGGGUAAUUUGUUCAGCAUUCAGCAUCUUUAAUUUUUUCACACUAAAGGCGUUGAGGUGAGAUAUGUAUAGGACUUUAUUUGCACUACGCAAUGUUUUUAUACCCCCAUGAACCACCCAAGAAAGAUUUUUAUUGUUUUCUACGCUUCACAGAUUUUCCCUUAUGUAUAGAUGCGCUUUUAAUAGAGUAACUGUUUAAAGGAGUGGGAUGGCUUUGGAAAAUUAGACAGAACUUUUUUCUAGAGUCAUAGUUUUUAUGUACCACUAGAUUCAACAUAUGCAUGCCGAGACUUGAUUCAGUAAGAUAAACAGAAUUUGAAAAAAGGAGAUAAAGUUUUGUCACAGUAAUGCCCUUUUUUUCAAUGUACCACACUUUCUCUACAUAACAUUUUUCCUUAGGCUGGAUAGGCAACGAUCAUGGAAAAGAGUGCCCUUACCCUGUGUUUGAUGGUCUUCAACCCCCCCCCCCCCCUUCCUCCAAUCCACCUCUUGGUAUUCCUUUCAUAUGGUCUUAAAAAGCAUUUUAACAUAUUAAGAUAUAAUAGUGUGGGCUGUCCUAUGAAUACAUAUAAUUCGUAUCUUCAAAAGCUAUAUAUUAAUCUUAAUACAUUAACAGUAAAAUCAUUUGUUACAAUAAAAGUUGAAUUUUUUUAAACCGAAAAAUGUGGAUCCGCUUUAUUUACUAUAUUUGAAUUGUCAUAUGGUUUUGAUAGUUCUUGGCAUUUCAGAAUCAUCUUAGUUGAAAAUGGGGUCAUUUUGUGAUUCCAGUGCUUGUGAUGUACAAUAUGUAUAUGACUUGUCAAUCGGUUACGAAAAUAGUCAAGUCAAAGUAAUUAUCAAAAGUAUAACAACUACCAUUAUCGUUAUUUGUAGUAGGUAUAUUGUGUACUACAAUGCUUUUAGUUUGCUUAUUGAUUACUUCGAACGUAAAAAAAAAUUAAAAUAAAUACACUGAAUUUAAAUCGCAGAGUAUCAAAAAAUAAUAAUUUGUAAUUUAUGUAUUUUUUAUCACAUAUUAUUUGCAUUGUUUUACUUUAAUUUAGUUUAUUACAGACAAACUAUAUGAUAUGAAUUAAAUUUUGCUCCCAUAAUUCGCCAUUUUUUUAGUGUUUCGGGUACAAUAAAAUAUUAUGUUAAUUUUUUAGAAGAGAUGAUGUUAAAUAUAUUUUUCACCUAUUAAUUUGAUUUAUUUGCACUCGCAGUAUAUGACGGUAUAAGUGUCGCUAUUUCAAUAACUCAAUCAAAAUCACCCCAAAAUGGAUAUUUUUCUUGACACCUUGAAGAAUUGACAUCUUUUUAUGAAUUUGAAAUAUAUAGCGCAUGCUUGAACAAGAAAAAAUAUUUGUCACCUUUUAUUGUUUGUUUGUUGAAGCAUGAAUGAAAAACUGCUUGAAAACAUGUUGUUUAAUGCUAAAAAUGCAAAAUGGCCGAAAAGGUUGUCUUUACGAUGUCGUAUUUUUAAAUUGUGGGCAUUCGAAUCAAAAUGAACAUUAUGUAAAAACAUCACAUAUAUAUAUUUGUACAAAGAAAACAAAGAAUGACAGUAAAAUGAUGAGGUUCAUUUAAGGGGGCCAUUUUAGGCCAAUGUCAUUUAUAGUCCUUCAUGCUAAUUUUCUUAUUCGGAUUUCCAUUUUUAGCUCACCUAAGCUGAAAGCUCAAGUGACCUUUUCUGAUCACAUUUUGUCCGUCGUCCGUCUGUCCGUCCGUCUGUCCGUCUGUAAACUUUUCACAUUUUGAACUUCUUCUCUAAGACCACUUAUCCAAUUACAACUAAAUUUGGCACAAAGCAUCCUUGUGGAAAGAUGAAUAAAAAUUGCAGAAAUGAAAAGCCAGUUUUGAUCCAAAGCGGAGAAAUCCUCGAAACUGUAAAAAAAAAAAAAAAGGGGGGGGUGAAUUUAAAAAAAAAUUCUUCUCAAGAACUACUGAGUUAAAUUCAACGCAAUUUAGCAUAAAUGAUCCUUAUGGAAAGGAAAAUAUAAAUUGCAAAUAUUAAGUGCUAAUUCUUUUUCAUUUUUGAGCUAAUUACGAAAAUAAUAGUAAUCAUUUUACAUAUUCGGGUUCAUUAUUGGGACGUACUAAAGACGGAAUACACUAAUGACAGGUCAAUGCAAAUUUUCAGGUCUUUUGUUUUCCUGCGUAAAUAACUGAUCAGUAUGAUAUAUUUUGACACAUAUAUAUACUUGGAAAUAAAAUAAAAUUAAAAAAAACCCAUAAAGUCAUUUCAUUUGACCAAAAGUUAAAAAAGUGUCAUUUAUAUAAAAUUUCAGGUCUUUAAUGUCGUUCGUAUUUCAGGUCUUUAGUACGUUCCUUCCCUAGAAAAUAGGCUUCUUUGUUUAAAGCGGCCAUUUUAGACUAAAUCUAACGAAGCAAAGAUCAUUUGUUUGUUGUGAAACAGUUCACGUGCAAAGGUAAUCUGUGAAACUAGCAAUAUAGAUUUGUGCCGAUUUUGUAAAGUAAAUUGAGGUUUAAUAAUUAAAUGCGUUGACAUUUUCACUUAUUACGGUGGUUUUUGUUUUGAAUUUUGUUUCAUUGUCAUUUGGGAACUUAUCGCCUAUAUUUUAAACAUUUUACGUAUGAGAUCAAACAUAGAUUUCGGUUAACCAUGCAGCUGAUUGUUCUGCGCAAACAAGCAAAGUCUAAUGCAUCAACGCAAUAAUAAAAGACAAUAUAUGCAAUCGGUAAAUCGCUAUGAUCUCUGCGCAGUAGUUUAUUUAUGCAUUUUUUGGAGGCUAUUCAGUGAAAACAGACAUUAUUUUUGCUGAUGGAAAUAUAUAGAUGUAUAUGUAUGCUUUGAAAAUAAAUUUAGCUCUUUCUUUGUUUCAGUGCAUUUUACCUUUGUUUUCAUUGUUUACAAAUUUAUAUUUACUCACCAUAUUUGACAGUCAAGCUUUGAGUUACUGUAUAAGCAAGAUACAGAGCUUUUCUCACAAUUCUAUGUUUGUACACAGAACUGAUGAAAUGUGUUUUUUUGGUUUAUAAAAUACUGAUGGAAAAUACCAAGUUCAAAAAUCUUGAAUGUAAUAAACUCAUGUGAACAAAAACAUGACUCAAACUUAGCAUAAUUUUGAGGUCUUUGUCUUGCUGAUAAUUCUAAGACUGAUGUUAAAAUUUUAGUUGAUCAUUACUGGCGUGUGACCAGUUCUCGCCGAGUACCAUUUCUCGCCAGUACAUUGUGACGUCAUUUUAUCAACCCCCCCCCCCCCCCAGGAAGUGGAAGUGGAAAUGACCAUUUAUCUCAGAAACUCUUACAAUUCUGACCCCUAAACUAUAUACAUUAUUGUUCCAUGUGUUAAGGGGCAUCAAAUCGUAUGUAGGUAAUGGGCCCUGGGAGUGGUCCUGAAACAGGAAGUGCCCAAAUAUCUUGAAAACGGUCAAGAUCCCCACCCCUAAACCAUAGAUAUUAUUGUUCCUUGUGUUAAGGGAAAUCACAUGGUAUGUAGGUUAUGAGCCCCAGGGGUGGUCCUGACCCCCCUCAAACAGGAAGUGCUCAAAUAACUUGAAAACGGUUAAGAUCCCCACACCUAAACCAUAUAUAUUCUUAUUCCUUGUGACAAGGGGCAUCAAAUGGUAUGUAGGUCAUUGGCCCCGGGGGUGGUCCUGACGCCCCUCAAACUGGAAGUGCCCAAAUAUCUUGAAAACGGUUUAGAUCCCCACUCCUAAACCAUAUAUAUUCUUGUUCCUUGUGUCAAGGGGCAUCAAAUAAUGAUAAAGUUUGACCCAACUCCAAAUGAUGGCCUCGUUCCUCUGGGAGACUUUAUAAUUGCCCCGAGUAUAAUUACAUCUUGUUAUUUUUAGUAUGUAUAUCUAUCAUUUAAAUCUAAGUUUUCAAUGACUGAGCCAAUUUAGUGCAGAGUAUAGGACUGCCUGAAAAUAAAAUAAAAUACGUCGGGGCAGGCCACUUUCAAUGGGCAAGCGGGAAGGAGAAUCUAAAGAUUAAUUUUAGGUUGCCAUAUUGUAAAUGGUUUUCACGAUAAAACUGUUAAAGAUAUCGACAUAUAGUGGGAACUUCAGAUACAUAGAUUGUGUAAUGGGCAAUAUAUUGCACCCCCCAUCCCCAAACUAGAUAUCAUGACCCCCGGGGGUAUGGUGGGACCACAAUGGGGGGGGGGGGGUCGAAGUUUUACAUAUGAAUAAUUAUUAGAGUAAAUCUUUAAAAAUCGUCUUCUCAGAUACAAAUCAGCCAGGAAAGCUGAAACUUUCGUAGACGCAUCCUUAGGAAGUGUAAAUUCAAAGUUGUGAAAAUCAUGACCUCUGGGGGUAGGGUGGGGCAAAAUGGAGGGUUGAAGUUUUACAUAGGAAUAUAUAGAGUAAAUCUUUAAAAAUCUUCUUCUCAGAAACUAAUCAGACAGAUGAUUCUUUUCACUAGUAAUUGUUAAAACAUUGGCUCCAGGACGAUUCUUCGACCUCACAAGAAGGUUCAAAGUUUGAUGUAGCUUUAUAUUCCAUAUAUAAACAAUUGUUAAGGAUCUCUUUGAGAACUGCAAUACUCAACAUGUGAUAUGACUUUAAAAUCAUCCUGUUAGAAAAGGGACUAAUGAUUAUAAAAAAAAGAAUAUCGAGGGGGAAAAAUGUAUCUUAUUUAUACAGGAUCUACAUGUACUAUUGUGCAUUGGCCAGACAGUUUGAUUUAUGACUCCAUUAAACUGAUUUUAUCAUACCUAUUGUUCCUCAGGUGAGCAAUGUGCCCCAUGGGCCUCUUGUUUUAAAAAUGAUGUUUGAUCGAAGAAAUUACUUUAUAAUGUUUUAAGAUAACAUGAACAAAACAAAAAUGUUUUUCAUUUUCAUAAUUUCAAAUAUCUAAAAAAAGAAAUACAAUGGAAAAAAUGUUCAAAAUUCGUCUGAUUUUUUUUUUCGUGCACUUAAAAUAGUUCAAAUUAAAUGAAAAUAGUCAAUGAAGUUAAUUCACAUUUCAAUUAACGAACAGAUGAUAUUACCUGUAAAGACUUAUAUACUUAGUAGAUAUAAGGGUGAAAAUCAUCUCACUAAUUUUGGACCAUAAAUAUAAUAUAGUGACGCCCAUCAAUGUUAUAUGUGCAUAACUUAAUAUAUAUAAUAAAUGAAAAUAUAUUUGAACAUGAAACACAUAAUUUAACCAUGAAAAGAGUUGCAAUGAAAAAUGGAUAAAACACAUUUUUACAAAACUGGGGAACAAAAUGAUUUUGAAGAUACAAUGAACAAAAUAUUAUAUUCUAGAUUCAUCACUUCCUCUGAUUUAAUUUGCCCCUGAGUAAUUGUAUCCUCGAUUAAUAGUAAAGUCAUCGCCAUUAUAAACGUCUUCGGUUUCCUUACCCUGUGUUAUAUUCUUCUAGUUCAUCAGAAGAAUUGUCAUCUGCUGUGUUUUCCUCGCACGGAGCAAUCUAAGGAAAAUCCUUUUCAAGUUCUACUUUCUUGAUAAAAUUUUGGAGCUUGCAGUGAUUUUUAUAAAGCCUCUUCUUCAUCUUUUAACAUUUGUUUUCAUUUUUGGCGCCUUUCGUGGUUUUUGUUGUUGUUGUUGUUGCUUUCUCCACUUUGCCACCUUUUACGGAUCACCAUUAGGUUUCCUUCAUCUUGGCUUGUCUGUGUGUUAUCCUGGUUCUCUUCCAUCGAGUCACCUAAAGACAUCAUUUCACGACGUUUGUUCAUUCAUUUCAUCCUUCUCUGACGCUUUAUUGUCAACUUCUUUAGUUUAUUGGGCAUUCAUUUGUUCUCUUUUAUAGCGUCUUCAUCAUUGUCUUUGAUAUCAUCAGCAUCAUCUAUUGUUGCUGCAGGGAUAUUCAAAAUCAAAACAAAGGUCUGAGCACAAGCUCUAGCUAGUUUGUGUAAAUAAACUAAUUUGAAAAAAAUGGACUUAUUUAAUUUUUACAAUUCUUAUUCUGGUAACAACCCCAUCCCCCACCCCAAUAAAAAACAAAAAAAGCAACAACAAAAAAACGAAACAAGAAAGAAAAAAAACAAAUUAAAAAAAGGCAAAAGAACGUUUUGUUUUUUAAGUUAUAACUUUUUAAUUUUUGCAUACAAUGUACCUAUAGAAACAACCGACGCAAAUAUGUCAGGCAUAUAGUGCAUAUUUUUUACUUAUAUUUAUAUAAUUUUCAGCAAUUGUACAGUUAGAUUCCAUAUCAUAAUAGUCAUUGAAAAACUAUACGUUUCAAAAUAUAUCCGUAGUGUUAUCACAGAUGAUGGCAGUGGUAAAUGUAAAAAAAGAUAUACAUUGUGUCUACAACACCAGUUAUAUUAUCUAAUUGCUGAAAAUUAUAAAAAUAUAAGUCUUAAGGAACCAUUCUUUGGAUAUCAUAAAGUGAUCAAAUACGUACGGUUGGAUGUGUUUAAAUCUAUAAUGAAUCCCUUCGGUCUUUAUUUGAUUUGAUCACCCCUGACCGUAUACCUUAUACAAUUCAGAAAAUGAUUUCUUAUUUCUUAAAUACAUACUUUUAAUUAUUACCAUUGCUACUAUCAUGUCAUUUACUUCCGGUUUUACUCUAAACCGUAUUAGCCGCAAUUUGUAAAUAUUAAUAAUUCUACAUAGUUUAAAAUAAGUUUCCGCAUAGGAACUAAAUACAUCUGGCAAAGUUUUGCAAACAAACAAAGUGAUAGUUUUCCUUUGGUUCAUUUGAAAUUUUACAAUGAAGUUUGAAAAAUAUUAAAGAGAAUACAGCUAUAUAUAGUACGGGGGGAAACCUUCGAUUCCGUACACAAGUUGUUUCAAAUGCGAAGGAAUUAUAAAACAAAAUCAUAAUCUAGGAGGGAGCGGGGUUAAGAUAAAAGCAAGUUAAGAGAGGGUUAUUUUAAUCAUUUUUUUUUUCAAUUUACAUGUAUUAUGCAUGUUUAGAAAUGUAUUCGUUUGUGCAAUAAAUAGUUUUCUUGGAAUUUACAGAUAGACAUAUAGUAGUGAAUCUCUAUAUAAAGAAGCCCAAAAUCUAGGUCAUAGGUUUACCAUUGAUACAUAAAAAAAGUAUUACCUUCAUCUUGGUCACAGAUACUCGAGAUAGGCCCUAACCUCCAAAAAGAUUUUAUUUUAAUUAAUUGGAAAAUCAGAUAAAGUUUGUAAGUCAAAAUUAACUCAUUUAUCAUCUGUACAUGUACAUGUAUUAGGAAAAACCAAAAUGUUAGUUUUGAUACCAAUAGUUUUUAUAAUCUAAUAAUAUGUUUAAUUGAGACAAAAUGCUAAAAAAGUGCAUGUUUAACUUAAAAUUUGGCUGUCAUGUAACAAAGAAAUCAUAAGAUGCACCUCACGGGGAACAUGGCUCAUUGUACGUUCUGUCAUGACCCCUAACCUCCGGUUCGUACACUAUACAAAUAACAUCAGACCUUAACCCUUCGUUUCGUGCACUAUGAAAUAAAACCUGAACCCUACCCUUCGGUUUGUGCAUUAUAAAAUAUCACCUGAACCCUACCUUCUGGAUCGUGUACUAUAAAAUAACACCUGAACCCUAUACUCCUGUCCGUGCACUAUAAAAUAACACUUAAACCCUACUCUUCGGUUCGUGCACUAUAAAAUAACACCUGAGCCAUACCCUCUGGAUCCUGCACUAUAAAAUAACACCUAAACCCUACCCUUCGGUUUGUGCACUAUAAAAUAACACCUAAGGUACUGUGCACUUCUAUCACAGGUAUGUCUAUUUGUUUUUUUAAAAAAUCGCCCAAAUGUGCUGCAUAAAUAUAUUGGGACAUGCUAGUUAAAACGGUACUUUUUCUUGCGUAAACCGAUGUCUAAUUAUACCUGAGCUACUGGUAUAUGAAACAGUACAUGAUCUAUUGAUUUUUAACUGUUUGUGUCUCUGAAAAUAAUUGUCGGUUAUUAUUUCACAUUAAGAAAAUCGUGGAAAUGAUUUUAUUGUACGAAUUUUUCAUUAUUAAGAGUGACAAUUUAGAUUCUUUUUUUCCCUCUUACUUCAUAGGUUUAAACAAUCGUGAUUUAUAUUUUCACUAUAAUUUUGAAAUAGUGAAAAUUUUAUUCACCUAAAUUUUAAAUACUGUUGUAGGUUCUGAAUCGCAGAAAAAUAUGACGUGGAAAAAAACUGAUUAACCGUACAUAAUUAUAAAUUUGCCUACGUACUUUUCAAUUAUGAAAAUAUAUUCCAUUAGUACAUCUUCAGGCAACAUUUUUCUGCCACCUUUUUCACACUGUUUUGUUUUUAGAUACUGGAUUGUCUAAUUUGAAUAUAAAUGUAGUUGGAUACAGUGUGAAGAUCAAUUCAUUAUGAUUUUAUAAUUGAUGUAUUCUGUGAGGUAAUCUCAUGCGCGGAUCUAGGGUGAGGUGGUUCCUAAAAUUUAAAAUUUCUUAAAUAUACAUUGUGAAAUUUUAAAUUUUUUAAAUAUACAUUGUAAAAUUACCAUACAUAUGCCUCAA